AUGUCUUCAGCAAACAAAGCAUCUGUAAAUGAUCUUCCUGUAAAUAAUUUGAAGAAAACUAUUUCUGAGCUCUUCCAGUCGGACUCAUACUCUCAAAAACAACCCGGUCGUAUCUCGAACGCCAUGGCCGUGUUCAUGGGGAUCAAGUCUUCAGUUCCAUCACAAGUGGACUCCGCGCAACCCAAUCGCGCGGAUCGCGUUGAUCAGUCCGACGAGGACGCUCUACCUCAUAUGCGAUUAUGG